CAAAUUAGGAAUGAGAUUAAUUUGAAAAAAGUUGUACCUUCAACAAUUGCUAAUGCAACAAGUAAUCAUGCAAUCCGUCAAGCAACUUUAAAAGAAUUUUAUACAUCAUCAAUUAACAUAUGGAAUAGAGACAUAUAUAAAAAAAGUUUAU